AUGAGGUGGGCGGAGGUCUCAGCUGAGAAAGGUGAAGAAGUCCUGGGGGAAAUUGUCUACUGUGGACAGGUAAUCUCCACUAUGGGUGAAGAACUUAGGCAUCUGGCUUGCUAUGACUCCCACAGCAGCAGGGAGUCCUGGGACCGGGAGUCCUGGGACCUGAAGUCCUGGGACCAGGAGUACUUGGACCUGAAGUCCUGGGACCUGGAAUCCUGGGACCAGGAGUACUGGGACCCGGAAUCCUGGGACCAGGAGUACUGGGACCAGGAGUCCUGGGACCUGGAUUACUGGGACCAGGAGUCCUGGGACCUGGAUUACUGGGACCCGGAGUCCUGGGACCAGGAGUCCUGGGACCUGAAGUCCUGGGACCAGGAGUCCUGGGACCUGGAUUACUGGGACCCGGAGUACUGGGACCCGGAGUCCUAG